GACACACGAGCACACAAAAUCGAUUGAUUUGCUCCUACCGGCACCGUUCUCUCGGUAACAAGCCUAAUGUGCCGCAUACCUCGUCAUUAACUGCGCUUCCCAAGUUAAGUGCGCGGCCCGGGGUCUGUUGAAGAAGAGGCGUCCCUGGAGUUGCGAGCAGACGACGCCUUCGAGCGACGGUGGUGGUGGCGGCAGCGGGCGGUGGUGGCGCCGCCUCGAGGACAAGAGGAAAACCUCUAUCUAGCGGAGAGUUGCGGCAGCGCGCGUCGUUGUCGGUGGAUCCGGCGCUCAAGCGCUCGAAACCUUUCGGCGCCAAGGUAGAAUAGGAAGUGGACGACGUGCUGUGCUGCUUUGGGAAGGGUCGCCUCGAUUAGGAGGAGUGUCUCGGGCUCGACGAGCGGUUUACGAAACGACGAUGGCCGAACCUGGUAGCCAACAACAGCACGAGGGCCACCACAGGCUCUUCUUGGACACGACGGCUCCGGAAAGCGCCCGGUGUCGGAGGCCGACCCUCAGGAGAGGCGACAGCAGCUCGGCCGAGUGGCGCAGCUUCGACCACGGCCGCCCGGAUUCGGACGAGGAGAACGAACACGACGGCGACCAGACCGCCGAGGAGAGCCCGGAACAGAUCGAGCCGGGGGUCCAAGAUUCGGACGGCGGCUUCUUCGAAGACUUCACCGCCCUCUCGUGGAAGCAGGAGAAUCGGCGCCUGCAGGCAUCACGAGAGGAUGACGCCGAUAAAGAGAAACCCAUACCGACCGAGACAGAGCUGGGCAUUGCACACCAGGAGUACCAGAUUAACAAAAAAGAGUGGGAGGAGCUGUACGUGGAGGUGCUGUACACCAUCGAGCACAAGCUGGGCUGCUCGGGCGGCGUCAGCCCCGGUGAGCUCCACGCGUACGCCCAGUCGGCGUUCGGCAUGCCCUCCGACAGCCACCGCCGUCUGCUGGGGCUCGCCCGAGAGGAGAAGCCGCCCAUCCCCGUGCUCAACGUGACCGUGGUCGAGGCGCAGGGGCUCGAGGCCAAGGACCCAAACGGAUACAGCGACCCCUACUGCAUGCUCGGAAUACAGCCGUGCGGAAACUCGGACCCCCAGAGGCGCCGGCGCCGCAGCAGCAGCGCCACUAGCGGCUGCGGCUCGGACGAGGAGCCGGCUCCCGGGGGCCGCUCGCCCGCCGGCAGCGCCACGGGCUCGCCGCGGCGCUCGCUGCGCAAGCUGGGCGCGUCGUUCAAGAAGCGCGAGCCCCGAAGCGGCUCCCUGGAGGGAGCCACUGUGCCGGCCAAGUUCAUCCGCACCACGACCGUCAAGCCGGCGACGCUCAACCCGCGCUGGAACGAGCGGUUCCGGCUGGACAUCGAUGAUAUUUACACGGAUCGGCUUCACCUCGACGUCUGGGACCACGACGACGAGAGUUCGGUGUUCGACGCAGCCCGCAAGCUGAACGAGGUGACGGGCUUCAAGGGCCUGGGCCGCUACUUCAAGCAGAUCGCCCAGUCGGCGCGGUCGAGUCCUGCCGACACCGUCGACGACUUCCUCGGAUGCGUCAACGUCCCGUUAGAGGACAUCCCGUCCUCGGGCCUGGACCAGUGGUUCCCCCUGCAGGGUCGUUCUCAGCGGUCCACGAUCCAGGGCCAGAUUCGGCUCAAGCUGUGCCUGGGCACCCGGGAGGACCGAGGAAUGGCCGCCUCCAUCGACGACAACUGGAAGGAGGUGGUCGAGCACCAGGAACUGCUCUGGAUAUUCAUCGAGCACGAACUCGGGCAGCUCGAGUGCCCCAGCUACGAGUGGGCCGGAGACCUGCCGGCGCCGGCGCUCACCAUCCUCCAGCAGCACGCCAUACAGGGAGACCUCACCGAGUUGCAGCAGGCUAUAUGCCGAUGGGUGAUGUACUCACGGAAGCACAUGGGCAUCUCCUUGGACUACGCGCUAUUGCUGCAGCUACUGGACGACCUGGACCGAGCCUGGGAAGACUCGGAUCGGCCGUUAUCGAGGGACGAGGAGGCCUGCCUCGCCGAGUCCUUCAACGUGUUCAUCGACUACUGCCUCGAGCUGCUCCAAAAGCACCGGGACCUCUUCCCCCUGACGCACGUGGAAGCGGAACACAAGCUGGUUCACCUGCUCAAAUGUCUGGCACUCAUCUACCGGAUGAAAGCGUUCCAGUGGUGCUGUCCUUUUAGGAACCAGCUCAGCGUUGAGAUCACCAACACGCUGAAGAAAGGCUGUGCGGACUGGUUUCGGUGCACCCACGCCCUUCAUCAGCCCUUGGUUCUGACGGAGCAGACAGUACUCGCCAGUCUAACCGAGCUGACCAACGCCCUCAACGCUGACCUGCACAAGGGCAUCAAGUACUACAACCCAGUGUUUGAGACGUACGUGGGUGUCAACUACACGGGAGUUGUGUACAAGCAGCUGGAGAAAUUGGCUGGCGCAGAGCUUCCAGCCAAGGUGCAGGAAGUUUGCGGCCAGGUGAAUUCCAUUGACUCGGCGGCCCAAGAGCUGUCGCAGGAGCACAUCUCCAUGGGCGCUGCGCUGUUUGAGCUGUACAUGGCCCUGCAGGAGUUCGUGCGCUUUCGCGAACACAUACCGCACGAGGACUGGCCGCAGCUGACCAUGCUGACCUACCACCUGUGGUUUGCCGACUCUGUCCAAGGUUGGUUCGCUGUGGCCAAGGUCAAGGCCCGGCAAAGGAUACGCAAGGCCUUGGAAUUAGACAGGAUCAAGUGCAUUGACUCCUACGUCCAGCACAGCACUUCGGCUGUCGAUACAACCACAUGCUUCAACCAAAUCAAGCAGUUUUGGAGGCAGCUAGCAUGGCCUGACCUUAAAGGAUCUUACCCUUUCGUCUUCAAAAUUCUCGAGGCUGUCUGCGACGGAGCCAUGUUCUAUGCCAACCUGUGCCACCAGAAACUCCUCAACGCUGGCUACUAUGACGAAGAAGGCCAGUUCGACGUCUCUGAAGAGGUGUGCAUCGUGAUCAACAACAUGGAGUACGUGCGGCGAGCGCUCAAACCGCUCCACGCCGAGCUCGACCUGGAACCCAUCAUCGCGGCCAUCGAGCAGGCCGAGGGAGAUCGUGCUGCCGACAAGUGCCGAGCCGCGUUCCAGGCUUUGCUGCACAACGCGGACGAGGACGUCGUCCACAAGAUCCUGACCAUAAUCGCGGGGCUCUCCGAGAAGAUGCGACCCGAGAUCAAGAAGUUUCUCUUCCACCUGGCAUGGGCACCAGAACGUCUAGAUGCUGACAGUGCACUGGGUCCAUUAAUAGACUACCUGGACAACAACCUACGGACGCUGUACGAGUCUCUGAUGAAGGUGAACUUCUAUCGAACCUUGGAAGCUGUCUGGAGGGUUGUAUUGCAGGAACUGAUGCUCACCGCCAGGAACAAUCUCGGGGAGCGCUUGGGGUUCUUCCAGCGGCUCUUCUCGUCUCUGGGCGUGCUCCUGGAGUUCUUCCACGCCGAGGACAAAGGACUGUCCCUGAAGUCACUGCACAGCCUUCCGUACCAGGACCUGGACAGGCUGCUCAAGCUGCACAAGGCGGACACGGCCGACCUCAUCGAGCUGUACUGCCUGCAGAGGCUCGAGGAGCAGAACCGGCAGAUCCAGUCGGGCGCUUCCCCUUACGGCUGGCUCACAGUACGGCUCAGCUACAACGCCGCAGCCGAGUGCCUCUGCGUGGACGUCAUGAACGCCCGGGAUCUGCAGCCGCUGGACCCUAACGGUUACAGCGACCCUUUCGUCAUUCUGGAGAUCCUACCGCGUCACCUGUUCCCGGACUGCCCCCAGCAGAGGACCCGGGUGCAGAAGAAGACUCUCUACCCGCUCUUUGACGAGAGCUUUGAAUUCUCGGUGGGCCAGGAGCGGUGCCGCCAAGCGGUGGCCAUCCUGAGCUUUACGGUGAUGGACCACGACAUGAUGACGAGGAACGACUUCGAAGGUGAAGCCUUCUACGCCCUGGCCGCGGUGGCCGGUGUCGAGGAGACACUGCCCAUCGCGCCAUCUCAGCCUGUCGACUUGCCACUCUUGCAGCCGAAGGAGAAAAACGAGAUUAUGGGUGCACUGGAGAGCCGGACGUGGGACAAGGACGCCCUGGAAUUCGUGAGGCAGCAGAAGAAGAGGAAGUCCUGAGUGGGGCUCCAGCGACGCCACACGCUGGCCGCCCCCGCUCGCCGCCAAACCAGACGCCCUCGCCGCCGCACCAAGUGCCAUCAUCUCCUGUCUUGCCUCACCCCGCCGCCUUUUAACGUCUCCGCUCACCACUCGUCGGGCUGCGUGUCGUUCAUGCGACUGGGGUGACUUCGUCCCAACGACCGAAUUGCGGUGGGGUGAUCCGGAAAUCCUGGACAAAUUGUCAUCGCGCAGUCAUACGUGCGAUGCGCUUCUAGGCCUAACGUUAGGCCUAGCGUUAGGCUUAGCGUCAGGCCCUUAAGGCUUGAGUUGGCCGAACGAAGUUUAUCUCAAGCUUAAGUCUUAUUGCCUGUGCUGCUGCAUUGACGAUCGUCUGUUCGAGCUGCCUCUGGCCGCCUAAUUACUCGUUAUCCGGUGCGCCUGCCUGUCGUAGCAAAGGCUAGCACGAAAGCUGCGUUGGUGGAAAUUGUGCCUGGGCCUAAACUUGGCAUCUGAAGUUCGUGAACGUUCCGAAUGCGCGGAUUGUACUUUGCACUUGGCGAUAGGCCUGUCAGACGAGAAAGUGGCGGUUGAAUCAAAGGCUCCGUGCUUUUACACUAGCUUAGCCGCGUGGGCCAACUCGCAGCCGCCUUUUUAUGGCACUUGCCAACUUUCCACCAACGCUUUUCAGGCAGUGGUAAAUAUUUUUUGCGAGUCUUUCUCCUGCCUUGAAGCUGCAUGUGGCAAUCGAGCAAAUUCUUUUCGUCGCAAAGUCACAAGUCGGUUACUUGCUGCUUUGUAAAUAGGGUUAUUUCAACUGCUGGAACAAUGGCUCUAUGGCGGAGAUUUAACAACCUCUGGUUAUCGUGGCAGCAGAUUUCUUAUUUCAGGGGCUCAAAUAUUGCUGCAAUCUUUGACACUGCUCUUAUCCUGCUGCAGGAACACGGCGUUUCCUGUUUCGGUGACUUAAUUUGUUUUAAUUUAGAAACUUUCGUGGCACUGACUCGUUAGAUGAGCCUGGCGACAAUGUACUUUUUACAUAGGUUCACCAUACAAGGUGAAAAUUUGUGUGAUGGAAACGCGAGCUUUUACCAUGGUUAUCAUAUUUUUACUAUUUGACUGAAUAGUUACGUGUGCUGUUGCAUUAGAGGUUCUGAGCAUUUUAGUUGUGAUACAUGUCUGUUUCUUGUGGUUAAGUUGUUAAGUGUGUUACUUGAAGAGCUCUGCCUUCUUUUGGUCCGAUUUUUUCGUGUAUAAGAAAAAGCAUCAGUUCUAGUCGUAUAAAGAUGUUCUCUGCAUCUGAAACUGGAUUGCGCUAGUUGGCUAUUUAAGGGCUGCUUAUCUACGUGAGAGCAGUCAAGAGAAAUUAAAAACGUUCCAGAAGAUGUAGUUUUUCGGGCAUCAGGAACCAUAUCUGGUUUGUUCUCAAAUGCAACAUAUCUGAGCAACGCCAAACCUCUGACGAGCUUGUUGGUGAUGCAGUAAGAGGCGUUUCUGCACUGCACUGUUAAUGUCUAUAUUUAUUUGUUCCAUACGGAGCCAAAAGAAGGCGUUAGUUAAAAGAGUCUACUUACUACCAAACAUAUCGUAUGCGAUCGUAAAUUACAGUUUUCAUCAGGUCAGAGAUGUUCUUGUACAAGUGAGUCGGGCCAAAAUAAAUCAGCCUGUAGUGUAGUAUGCCGAACUGGCACAUGAUCAGCGAUUCCAGUCAGAUAAAUGAUCGUUUUGUUCUUUAGCAGCAUUUUUCAAUCAGUUACGGCAUGUGGGAGUAUCAAGGGCUGUGGAAUAUUCCUUAUAAACAUUACUAAACAUGACACCUAUGCUUCGUAAGGUUGCCUUUCUUGUAAGCUUGCAAUGAGAUUUUUCGUGAAAGGUGCUUGUCGAUAAACAUGUUACUGUAUGAAAACAAAACAAAAAGAAGCGUUGGUGAAGCUUUCUUACAUUUCUCUCCGACUCAUACUCUACAGCGUGUUACAGUGUUAUUGACACUCAUAAUAGAACAAGUGUAUCCUAAAUGGAGAGAAGUAAAGUGAUUUCAUCGAGGAGUACGAACAUUUUUGAAAAACGAGGUAAAACUAUGACAAGAACCACAUAAUGCAGUUGCAAUUAUUUGUCUUCUUUAGUAUGCAGUUGUAGAUACACAAGUUUAAACAUUCCCUUGAGUUAGCCGCAUGUGUUCCCCUACGAAGGGCACAUUUUCGUGGCGAAAAAAAAAAGGGAAAUAAAACAGGUGUUACAAGAGGCUAACCUCGCAGGGUCAUUAAAGAGGCAAUGAAACAAAGCGUUCGAGUUUAAAUAUUCAUUAAGUGUUAAACUGUAUGUGAUCCCCACAACAAAGUAGCAAGAUUUUAGCGCAACGAGUGCAGCAGAAAAUGUGUAUUUAAGAUAUCUUUUUUAUAGUGCACUUGCACUUGCAUUACACAGCAGUCUGGCCACAGAGAUGAGAUGAAGUGCGAUCUGCGUGCGCACUCUCUGUCCGCGGUAUACGCAUAGUUUCGUUUUUACACGUGCGUCUUGGCGGUCAGCUAGAGAGGCAUUCGCGCCUUUGUUGGCAUCAUCUGUCUUGGCACGGCGCGUAUGUAUCUUUGAAAUGUUUCGGAUGAGAUGAUACAGCAGUGGCUUCUCGCUUUUCGACGUCACAUAAGCAUGUCACAAUGGCAGUAGUUGUCUGCAGAAAGAGCUUAAAGGCAGUGGUCUGAUAUUGACAUUUCCGGUUAAAAUUUGCUCUCAGUGCGGAGUUUAUUGUGUGCGUAACCAUAUUGGCUCGUAUUCGCUUAGUUAAACGAUAAAUUGAGAAGAAGUGGACGGCCAUGUCCCGAUCCCUCUAAAUCUAAGUUCAGUCUUUAGUGUGCACAUUAUCACAUGAAAAACAGGCUGUGGCAAUGUGUCUCAUGUGUUGCAUGUACACAUGGAGUGCUUUGUGUUUGAUAGUAAGUGAGCUGAACUGCUUUCCCGCUCUCUCGUGGCUCACAACCACUCACUCUUACCUUGGCUUGGAAUCGUGCAGUUAGCGUAGAGAAACGCUGGCAUACAUUAAGCUUGCCAUUUAUUCAUUACCCCAAAAUCGAUAUCACUCGUUCUAGGAUCCUAUUCUAAGGUACUGGUAGAUACCUAUGCUUCAAACAUCGCCGCAGUUGCUCCUUAAACUUGUAAUCGUUCUAACAUAUCGCAGCGCCUUUGGAGGCCUGCUUGAGAGUUUCAUAGAAUAGAAGAGUUUUUGAUGCUACUUCUCAGCCAAGAUACGUGGUCUACUUUAUAACGUUAAACUAGAUAAACGGUCUAGUAAGGGCCCACGUAACCCAUUCAAACCAUACUUUGACGACAGCACAUUCUACAGAGACAUAAUUCAGCCCUUAUGCUAGUGAUCAUUGUUCCUUACACGCUAGUUUAGAAACACGAGAAAAGUAGUAGAACUCUGUAAUUGCAUGAGCCCAAUUUACGCUCACUCCGUAAAUAAUGCUUAACCCCUAGCACACCGGUCCAGGCUUGAUAUGUAAUGUGGCGACCCGUGUCAGAAGUGGACCUACCGCUUGGCCUUGUCACAAUGCAUGACUUGCCUACGUCUCUCAUUUGGCAUGUCACACCGGGUUAUUUAUUGCUCUUCACCAAGCGCAGCACGAUUCGAACGCCCCUAUACGUACCGAACUACACAGUUUGUCCGGAAAAGCUGUUCACAAUGAGUCAUUGACCGACCGAAAUGUACAGGGUUUUUCUCUCCUCUUAUACCAUGAUUGUAGGUCACAGUUAGAAACUACACAGAUUUUGCUUAUCAGCGAGCCAUUCUUCUUGCAUAGUUUUCGUUGACACUUUAAGUGCACUUCAGGGAACACCAGCCCUAAGAUAUAGUUUGAUGUGUCGGUAUUCAUUAUCAACAAAGGCGCUAGUAGCGGUGCCGUAUGUCGCGGUAAAAGAGUGAUAUCAAGAUGAAGGUACUCGGGAUAGCUUUGUAACAUAUUAGCGAUGACCUUGGAACAUAAUCCUGUACUUCAAAAUAUGACUGUGGACAUUCAGUUCUUUCUGUACUGCAGUAAAUGUACUUAUCGCAUGACAAAAGUUGCUAGUGCUCUAUAGUGCACCAGACAUUUUAUUUAGUACACGUGUGCACAAGUUCUUAGUGCACUCUUUGAAAACCUGUGAGACCUGUUGCUGGAGGUGGGAGGCUUGCUCGACAGGCUGGCAAGAUGGCACUAACGAAUGACACAGCUAAAAGUCUCUCAAUAGCUGUAAGAAUUGAACAAUACUAGAGGCUGCAUCAUUCGCAUUGCUCAUAUUUACCUUCCACCGAUAUUGUUUGGAAUGUAAUGAAGCUACAUAAUAAAAAUACCAGCAGCAAAUUGAACAUAUUCUUUAGUUAUAGGAGAAGUUUUAAUGUUACUAAUUUUUAUAUGAUUAGGCUUGUUGUAACUGUUCAUUGUCAAGCCUUAUGUUCGGCAGGUUUACCAUAUCCAAUAACAGUAUCUUAAAACUGAAUGCAUAAAUUUUAGAAACCUCAGUUAAUUUACGGAUCGUUUGACAACUAGUCGUUAAUCUACUGGAGGAAAAAUUUUUACAUAUUAACUGCUGGCUGACAUUUAUUUAAUAUCCACAUGGUCUGGGAGGGGGGGGGGAGACAACAAAGGACUUUGUGUUUCUCACAAUAUUUUUAAUAGAAGUUUGUAUUUAAGUGGCUAUCAAUUCAAACAUCAUUAUAGUAAGUUUAACAUUUUCGUCUUUUUAUCCAUCAUUGUCAAACGAUAUGUUAAGCACUUCAAAGCAUAUCAAGGAACCUAAUGGGUAACACCAUGCACGUUAUGCUGUCCAAACAAUUUUGUUCACAUCUUUAGAAGUAUUCCAAGCUAGAUUCGCAGAAAUAUAGAAGCCAAUGGCCCUUGAAACAUUUUGAAUCAUUCAAAAAUAUUUUAUUUAAAGUAACAAGCAGUUUACAUGGCCUGAAGAACCAGGUCCCGAGAAAAACUAUCAAGGGUAAUGCACCAGUUCUGUACAUAACUACCACACAAGUAAAAUGCACUGUAAACAUUAUACACUAAUAUGAAUGCAACAUUUACCCGUGAAACUCUUCACAAUGAUCUGUUCCCCAAGAAGGAUAUAAACGCGAAUAUAUUUAAUGCUGCAGUGAUGUUAUAUUUUGCUUGAAGCUACAAACUCUGUUGUAUCAUUUCCACAAUAUUUGUUUAAGAGAGCACAGCAAGGAAGCAAUUUGCUUUGACCGCCAAAGGCUUGAAAUGUAUUAUGACGGACUGCUCCAUUUUCCUUUUAGCUGAGGAGAAUGGAUUGCGCAACUCUCCUGUGUGCUGUCGUAAGGGCUACUAUUUUUUUAAAACGUGUAGCCCUGGUGGACAAUCUGAACUGACUCUCUCUCUUCUGGUGCCACUCCGCAACCACCUUUUUCGUUCAUGGCGCCCGGCGGCCGUGCGUGUUUAGAGUGGAGGGAUGCGGUCAGCCACACCGUUUGUUACCCUAGCGAAGCUCCCUCCCACACCACGCGAACCAAAACGUUUGUGCGCGUAGAACGAGUAGCCGUGUGUCUGUCAUCCGCGUUUGCACUUUGUACGCCGCGUCAUAGGUGAGUGAUUAAGUGUUCACACGUUGUACGCAGACCCGUCCUCACGACAUCUUCAGCCAAACGCAUCGGCAUGUUCUUGGCGGCCUGGCGGUGCGCUGCCGGCGUAGGUGACGACUACUUAACGCUGGCGCUCGUGAACUCGACUACAAAAAAAAAAAAAAAAGUGACGUCAUAGUUUCGUCAUGGAUGGGAGGUAAUGCGCUGUUUCACUGAAUGCCUGUUCGAUGACGGUUUUCUUCUCGACUAAAGCACUUUCCUAAUCCUUAGCUAAUAAAACAGCGCAGACCUCUCAUAUACUGCUUGCCCAAUAUACUGAUAAGGCGACGUGGCAAAAAGAAAUCCAACCCACUCGAGUAGCGUGUGUCCGGAGAUCCGGAGCCCCGUACUUCAGUGUGCCUCAUAACCAGAUCGCGAUGUCGGCACGUAAAAGCUCAGAAUAUAGUUCAAGCUGGCAUGCCAUGUGACGUCCUACACAGCGAUCCGUAUAAUCGUGUGGCGUUAUUCGAUGGAGUGAGUAUGAACGUUUACAACAGUGCCAUUGCAUUUCGCAAAGCUAGAGAGAGAUAUAACUUUUUUGAUAGCAUAAAGUUUACUGUUAUGUAAGAUUUAAACAUUAAACUUUUAAACAGGCACACCACGCAUUAGUUGCAAUGCAUGCAGUGAGGUGAGAUAAACGAGAGGCGUAACGACAGCACGCUUGUUACCAUUGCGCCGGCAGCGCAGCGCUUCAAGUCUAAACGCGUGCAUUACGGAAACUCGGCAUGUGAAACGUUCACCUGUCAAAAAGUAUAGUGCUGACAAGCCUUAAUUUCUUGUUGGGUCGCAGUAAUAUGUGCAAUCUACUGGGCGAAGUGGGCAACUGACACUUUCCGAUCGAUGUUUCCUCCAAGACGACAUUCUUGAAUCGUCUGCGAUGUGAGUUGUUGACGGCUUUCAGAGGAAUUAGCGAUCAUGGGAGGCGACGAAUGCCGGAGCGAUCACCGUAAGCCGGUUGCUGUAUUUGAUUCUGGGCCACGAGAUGCCUCCUUUGCCAGGUUCAUUAUAUGCUGAGAACUAAUGAGAUAACAUAAAUUGACAGUUUGCUCUUACUACCAGUCAGUGCUUUAGUAAAAUUAACAAGGGCUGAGCACAAUGAAGACAGGCACAGUGUUGACGGUAUUUUGGCUGUGAGUAUUAGGUGGCAACGCCGGGUGAAAUUAGGAAGGCGUUUGCUUCCAGAAGAACUGUACAGGGAAGCAGGAAUUCGUACAAUAGGAUGUGUUCUCACAAGUAUAAAAGAUUGGAGGCUUACAUUUAAUGGAGAGAGAAAGAAAAUGGUGCUGUCCUGAGCAUAAAAGUAGUGCAAAAUUAUCUUGUCCGUGCAUAUCGAAAAUGCUCAGAUGCAAUUUCACACAGAAUUUUGCAAGAUGUAACAAAAUGAAUCAAUCAUCCCCCACGCUAGCUCAUCAGGACUUACACACACUUUUACACCUAUGGUAAGACUAAUUGAUGACGGGAUAAUGAGGAACAUGCUAUGGGGGGUGACCGAAUAUGUGCAUUUGGUAAUGCACUUUCCUUCUUAGUAGGCGCUUGCAGUCUCCUUGUUCUUAUGAAAAUGUUGUCGAAACUUAAGGUGGGUAAAUGCUACGCUUGGGCAUAAAAAGGAGGCUCAUGGUCACGAUAUUCCAUGAUUUAAACAAGUGAAAUGCCGAGUUUCCAGUUCACGAGGUUUGACUUGAAAUGUCAAUGGCGCCUGUCUUGAGCUUGUAGCAUCCACGCCGACAGUCCGAUCAAUGAUCAUCGGGACCAGCUGUCGGGCAUGAUAUGAUGAACAAAAAGCUGCUUGUAAACUAUAACGUGAGUUGUUUCGAACUUCUUAAGGUACAUCUGCGUACUUCAAUACUUCAGGCGCAAUUACACUACUCAUUAGUAGUCUCCCCUGCACAAAUUUAAAAUGAUAAUAAUAAUUGUUCGGAAGACUGGUAGUAAGAAGUGAAACGAACCGUGCGGACAGAUUUAAAAAAUUGUGAUGGACCCGCGAUUCGAAUCAGUUUAGCGGGAGAAUGCAUCGUACCCAAACAAAGAAUCAGCUUUUUAGUGAUCAACCAUUUUUGCAAGCCUAUCCGGGCUGAGCCGUUUCUUGCACCUUACCUUGUGGCCUCAGUUCUAAAUUUGCCAAGGCUUGCUGCGAGAGAAGUAUUGUAGUGCUUUGUCAUAACCAACCAUCAAUAAGGAUAGUCUUAAGCCAUUCUGGGCUUUCUAGGCACGCGUCAUUGCCAUUGUACACAGGCCGCCCACUUGAAUUUUAGCGAUAGUGUGUCGUGUUUCACUGAGAUCGUCGUCAGAGCACUCAACUGGUACACAAACUACACGUCGCAGAGCACUGAGCUCCUGUGGCGUGCCACCCGGUGAAGCUUGUAUCAGAGGGGGAAGGGUGUCCAGUAAGUAAUUGGUAGCUUUUCAUUAACAUGGAGAGUGUGUCCACAUCAUUAGAACACUGUUUGAGGAAAAUCUCUGCAAAUCGCACAUUUUAAAGAGUUCAUCUUACGCAACAUAAGCUUGCAUUUGUACAAACUACCUUUCCAGUAGAAGUUUUCAUAUGCAAGGCCUCACAUUGCAACCGUAUUCACAACGUUGGAAGUGUUGCAGAAGUUAGCUGUAAAUAUUUAUUGGUACUGACGAGCCUUAUGCUUAUAUUUGAAAGUUGUUGAGUUUUUGUUGUGACCUUGAAGUGUCUAUUUGUCUACGGCAUUCAAGUGCGUAUCUUUAUCCUAUUUUAUUGUUUACUUCUUGAUAAGGCUGGGGGAUUUGAGUACUACUUAAAAAAGUCAUCUUGUUUCCUGUCCAAGCUCACAAAAAGGAUAUAAUGCACGAUGAAACCGUCUAAGAAUUCAGGUCAAGUCAUUCUUCUGCCUUUUGUAUGCUGCUAUCGAACAGAAGGUUGAAUUGAAGUAUCUGAGUCAAAACCACAGUAUUUUAUUAACCAGAACCUCCGAGAGUGAAUGCAUUGAUCAAGAUUGAACAAGUGAGUGGGUUUUUGAACAGUGGGUCAUUUCUCCCAAUCAAUGACCUCAUGACUUCACACAGGCUCAAUGAGAUUCUACCUGGGUCAACGGAGUCUGCCAGGUAGCCUAGGAAUCGUGACACGUUUGGUACACUGUUGAAUACAAAAUAUUGACCCAUAUUUAACUAACCUUUUUCCCACUUUUUAGUCAGUUGGUCUCUUUAACAGUUUCAGGUGAUGGAGAGAAUGAGAUUUGCAGAGAUUUUCCAGAAUGAUUCCCAUCUGUGCACUACCCCUUGGUACGAGAAAAACAGAAAGAGUGUUUAUCAACGCCCCCAUGCCUUGGUAAAGCUAGCACACUGGCUUUUCAUAUCAUCUGACAUGUAUGCUGCUGUCCUAGAUUUAGGUACGUCGAUUACUGUGUAACGAAGUAGCAUAAGUCACGUGAAAAGAAACGUCGGUUUAAAUCUGUCGUUCUUAUGUAGGCUUCUGGCUUUAGUUUGUGAAGUUAAAUUGGCCGAUAGAUUUGGUACUACGUGUUGAGGACAGUUCUUGCUUACCUCGAAUUGUCAUGACACUGGAAAUGCUCCAGCAUGUUAUAUUAUCGAAGUGUACCGAGAACAGUUCAUGUAACGAACUAUCCGAGGUCCAUGCAAACACCAGGCUAUAUCACAUUGUUCCAACGUCCACUUGCUAUUCGGGAACGAACUCGUAACAUCACUGAAAUUCGCCGACAGCGCCACACAUGUGGCCCCUAUUGCCUUUGAAGGCCUGCAGCAUGUUUCGUCAUGUGAAGAAGAACGAGGGGAACAUCUUUGUUAAUAUUUGUCUAUUUACCCUGGUGUUCGUGGGCGUUAUAUUGUUUCGGACUUAGGAAAACUAAAAAAAAAAAAACUGCGCGUGCUUCUGGUAUGUGAUACGAAAAAAAAGUAAUACAUUACCUUCAUUUUGUCAGCCAGUGUACUUUUUUAUCCGCUGCCCAUUAUACGCGCUAACAUUUAAGCUUGCGCGAUGAGGUAAGUUACGAGAUGCUUGGUUGGAAAUGCGCGCACAGUUUCGUUGCGCGCAGAAAAAAUGGCCGUUUGCGCAUGGAAUGGCUUUAGAUUUGAACCAUUCAGAGUAAACUAUUAUAACUAAUUGUUGCCAUUCGACUGGUCUUCAAAGUAUUUGGCGUUGUGGACCACUAAAGGAAAGUUAACGACAUUAACCUGUAAAAGUUGGAGUUUAACUUCCUUUUCCAGAGCCGCAGGUUCGGGGCGCUGAUUCAAACUUUUAUUCACAUUGUCAGUGCUUAGGUGAUGCUGGCCUUCUCGUUAUCGUUACGCAUACGCGGUAAGACAUACGAGCUUGCAGGCUGUAUGGUGCAUGUCUUAAGUUCGCCAGCGUCGCGAUCUAGUCGGAAAAAAGUAAUUAAGUUUCGUUGACCUUAAGAAACGUGUAAUCAGAGUCGCGAAAAGUCCAUUUGGUCGAAAGCGGUGCAACGUUCAAAUUUCCUUUCUACAUAUCUCGUGAGCUAUUGCCGACCUAGUACUGAACGCUCACAAAGCUUGGACUACUGAGCGGCCGCAUGGCAGAGCAUGCUUCAGAAAGCUCCUGGACUAAGUUCUUCCGGCACAGCACAUGAUGGACCAGUUUUUUGCGCUUCUGAAUUGGCCUUCAUCUGAAACUGGUAGUUCAAUUGCACUUAUGGAAAUUCGGGCCCGCCAAGGUUGGCUGGCAUUUUCCAAGUUCAACAAAAUUUAUAGGCAUAAAAUAGCUGCUUGAGUGCCAAGCAGAAGAGGAUUUGCAGCAUGAAGUGACCUUCACUUUUCUUUGUGGUUGUUGGGUUGUUAUGAUCAUGCUCAUCUCACCGGCUUUGGCUCAACAGGGACAAUGCAACGUUUCGGUUUUGAAUUAGCGUUCGUGCGUUGUUAAUAUGAUUAUUCUUUCUUGCGGUCUAUUGCUUUGACUGAUAGCACAGCUAUCCAUUCUAGCUACUUAAAACAUGGCCAUGAAACUCCGACAAAGUUUAUUAAACUAUUUGCACUUUCACCUUAUACUUAGUUACUUCGAGAUCCAUAUUAUUACACAUAGCAGUCAUAUGCCGUUUUCUUGUGAUACAAAAAAGACGAUACUGACCAUUUGGGAUUACGGAUAAAUAGCAUGUCGAUGAAAGUAGCAAAAAAGAGAACUCCUCAGAUGGCUCCUGUGUAUUUUUGCAGUUGUAAAGGUUUUUAAAGUUUGGAGAACAUAGCGACAACAGAGGAUAGAACAGUAAAUACUGAUGGCUAAUGAUUUUGCAUAGAUUUAUUUUAGUUUCUCAGUUUAGACAUUUGUAUCAUAUUACGGAAUGUGCAGUCAUGAACAAAAAAUGAAGAAAGAAACACGCUGUCUAUUUUAGUGAAUGCUCAUAUUCUGUGGUAGAUCCAUGUAAGAGGUUGAUUUCGUACAUUACUUCAGUGCGUCUGUCCUGGACUCUAGGGCGCAAAAUGCCAAAUCAAAAACUGGGAAAGAAAAAGCUGCUGAAACAAUGGUUAGAGCAAAUUGUGCUGCCUGCAGUCAGCGUUAUGGGUAUCUUCCCUGCCUUUGUGCAGGGCACUAAGACGAUCUUGAAAUGAUGACAGUGUAUUGUGAGAGAAAGGGAAUGCACUCCUGUAUGAGCAUUUUCAUAGUGUUCUGGUAAAUGACAGUGGCAGCUAUGACUGUGUUCUCAACUAUUUUUCCUAUUAACGUCGCUUGCUCUUACAUGCAUCGUUUUCAUGUAAUGUGAACGACUGAAGCGUUUCUGCUAUGACCAAUGUCCUUUCACAUAAUAAGCAAUCUUCACUGAUAGCAUUCACGUCCACACAUUAGCGCUUCUAGCUUCUAGAAUAUUUUAACACACUGUCUUUUGAAAUGUGUGACAUCCAAUUGUCAGCCUUACUUUCAACCCUUAUUGUCGAAAUGCGGACGCCUUGGCGGACUGUUACCGUAAAAUCUCACCUACAUGCGAGUCUCACGAGUUUCUUCCCAAUGCUUCUGUGUGGUGAUACUUAUACUUACCAUUGGCGCUGAGUCAUUGCUAAGGCUCCGAAUGUAGGCCCAUUAUCUUAUCAAAUUAGUGCGUAUUGUGUACCUUUCUCGCGAAUGUUAUUUUGUUGUGAUUCACUGUAUACCUGUAAAUGAACGGGCUGUGUGCGGAGGUGUUAUUUAUUUUGAUUGCUUGCUUCCGUUUGUGAGUGUGCUGUGACGCAUAGACUAUGACGUGUUUUGCCGUUCAGUGUUGGAAAUGGUGGCCGCUAAUGUUGGUAAGGAGAUUCUCACUGCGUCCGAGGAGAUUGUCUGUUUUGCAUUUUCGCUGCUGUGAGAGUGUCACUGUUGAAUAUUACAGUCUUUAAUACCCUGUUCACUCUAAGAGAUUUCGUACGAGGCACGUGACACUUAAGAUCAUCAGCAUUAUCUUCUCCUCCCACCAGCUGCUCAGCUUGGAGUAUAGUGCACACAUCUGCUGUGGGAGCUCUAUGAGGGUGAGGUUUUUCCGUAGACGCAGUGUCAUUUUGAAGCACUUCCCUUUUCGUGUGCGAGGUUGCGAAAGCAUGUUUACGGCACAGCAGUUUCACUUAUUGGAAAUCUGGCUGCUUAAGUCUACACACUGCAAUCAGUUGACUGAAAUUCUCCUGUGUACCGACAGUUUUUUUUGUCUGUGUACCUUUAGGCGUAGCUUGUAGAAAUGGCCAAAUAUGACUUCUUGUUCAGACAAGGUAGAAUAUUAGAGUGGUUGUUCUGAAUGAUUUGUCUCAAUCCUGACCACGCCAUGCGCGAUGCGUUCUUCCGCGUUAGGUUGUAUAAGUGCGCUUCGCUUAUAUCUUGUACGAAUGCGAAUUUAUCACACAUACUGCUUGCCGCAUUGCUUAGGUUCUUUAUUUGUUUGUUUGCACCCGCUGACGUGGCAUCCUUUCCUGCGUAUCUGCGUCGGAUUUUUAUUCAGCAAUCAGUGGAUGCUAUAUCUAGAAGAUCGUUAAUGUCCAGAAUAACCGCACCCUGUUUAUUGAGGGGACCCUGCCGGCGUUGUUUUUCUCGAGCGACAUGCAAUUUGUGAGAGCUCAAUCACUGUUUUGACGGUGACCUGUGAUACUAGCGCGGAGACACUGGCUCUCGAAAUUGGGGCAAAGCAUCAAGCACGUAUGCGGUUGUUUGCCAAGCCGUAUGCCGAAAUGCCUCAGAAGUUUCAGUCCUAGUUUGGCAUUGAUAACCCACGUAAUGAGCCAGUAUCUUUAAGUGUUUGUGCCGACCAACAUCCUUCCAGUGGUGUUUUGCAACUAUAGAACUAUAAAAACCGAAUCAUUAGCGCAUCGGCUAUAAAUACGUCAGUUUCUCACUCAAAUGCAGCACCAACGCUCCAAUUAGAGUACUUCAACGUGCGCGAGGCUACAUAAAAAUGCAUACUUAUCUCACAGAAUUUUCAAAUCUGCAGCGCUUGUGGAAAAAGGAUAUCUUUGGACCAUGCACUGGGGCUGUAUUGUAGAGAGCUUCCGUGAUUGCAAAGAAACAGAAUUUAUGAUAUACAAGGCGUCUCAGUCUACUGACGUGCGAAACGCAAUGCCCCAUACUAGUAGAGACAUGCAUCAAUAACGUGUUACAUAAAUUGUCUCGCGCUGACAGCCUUCAGGCUUUUCAGAGAGACCUCUUGCUUCAAACCUUUCAUAGAGUGUUUUUUCUUUCAGUCGCUAAUUACAGUUUGUAAUUCUGGUGACUGGUUUCCUACAUAUGCGUUAAGCUAUCGUUAAGAAGUAGUAUCUACGUUUAUAUACUGUCAAAAAUAUGUUUAGAGCAUAUUUAGUUGUAUGCACUGAUGCGUGCUUGAUAUAACUACUUGUUACAGCCAUAAGCUCGCACGAUUUUCCGAAUCAUGACAACAGUGCAGUGAUUAACAGCCUACUGAUGGCACGACCUAUCAGUAUGUUAUCAGAAGCAAAAUAUUUACUGUAUGUCAAACCUGAAACCAAUGAUGACAGAAUGGCCUCUGAAAAGAAGGCAAAAAGCAAACUACAGAAGCCCGGACUCUUUAUUACGUUACAUUUUGUUUGUUUUGCGCCAAAUGAUGAUAAUGGUGACAUCCGUCGCUGCAGACACUGAUUUUCGAUUCACAUGACUACUCAUGACAGCGAUAGGCCCACACUAUUUUUGAAAAUCCAACGAUUGGCAGCAAUUGACGAAAUACGUAUACUUCAGUCUGUCAAUUUAAUGCUCAAUCAACGCAUUAACGGUAAGUUACAUUUACUGAUUGCAUGAUGACAACGCUCAAUCUAAUGAAUGCGAAAAAUAAGGAAAACUAGCGAGCGCCUACUCUCAGACAAGCGUUUCUUCGGAAAUACAGAGGCUGCUUUAGUACUGACAACAGAACGAGAAAAUCAAACCUAAACGAUGCUACUUCAUCACGUUUUUCUUCUGUUUAGGCGUAAAAGCUUCGAUUCAAUCAGGGACAUCGAAAACAUUCCCCACCUUUUGUAUUUUAAUGCUGUGUCCGCUGAUUGGUGCAUGAAGAACCGACGCUAUCGCCUCCUCUGUGGGUCGCUAACUAGUCGACCCUGUGGUGUCAGCCCUGUGUCUUUUGCACUUGUAUAAACGCGACUGGUGUCGUUUCGACGCUUUCCAAGCUAAGCUGUGGCCCACUUGUCGACGUGCCGAGGGUAUUUUCUAUAUGACGAAUUCUUCUCCUUCUCCCUACUACUACCAAAGCACUACACCUAUUUUAAUACGACCCACUUUACGGUGCUGAAACGUAGGAUGAAAGAAACCGUGACUGUCUGCCACACAAACACACACAUACACACGACUAUCUCUGUAUAAACAGUACACGGUGAUUGGGGAAGUGAUUGCUUUAUCCGUGUUGCAUCAUAUCGUGAAUGCUUGUAUGUACACACAUCAUAUUAUGAUAAAUAUAUAUACAUAUGAAUAUAUAACUAUAAUAUAUACACGAGGGCACGGUCAAUGAUCACCCGUUUACUGAAAAAGCUGUAAUAAAGGCACCUCUUUUAUUAUU